UGUCACGGUUUUUAUUUUUAAAGUCACAGCUGACGUUGGCACAGUAACCGGAUGCUAACGCUAAACGAACCGCGUGGCUUGUGUGACGCAUAGUUGAGGGUCGGCUUUAUCGUCUGUUCGCAGUAACGGUCCGUUACAUCAGCCGGGUUCGGCUACGUUAUCAGAAACCUCUGGACCACCGCUCUGUGUUUAUGUUCCCCCCUUUUUUCCAUAGCUUUUGAAUGAACGCACCAGGUUUCCUUUGGUGUACCGUGCAGCUAACUGGUGCUGGAAUUCCAUCACAUGGUAGCUGGUUGGGCAAAAACAAUAGAUGAUGCUAACAGGAAACCGGCGUUUGUAAACAUAAGCGAGCAUAUUGAGUCUGUUGUGGUUUUAGCUCUUUUUCAAAAAUAAUGGAAUAUCUGUAGAACUUCUAACACAUUUCUAAAUGUACGAACCCUUUGGGAAUUAUCCGUGGUCAACACGGCUAACCUAGCCUUGGUGCUGACGUGAGUAAGUUGCAGGCGCUCGCGGGAAUAAAAGAUUUCCCCCCCCCCACGGCCCUUUAUGUCGUUUAGCUGCCGCGUGGGCAGCGCUGACUGACGAGCGUCAGAACGGACGCGCCUCAAGAUGUGCGACUCAAAUUCUGUCGCAACCGAACCUAGAGAAUAACAAUAUGAACUCAACUUAUCAGUAAAACUUGCUUUGAGAAAUAAGCGGAUUGAAUGUCUGUAAUUCAUUCACAGAGGAAAGUUGUUCCAGAUUCUGACUCCAGUCCGUACAGCUGACUGUUGCAACUUAAGCCCCGCCCCUUUUUACUUUAUUUCUUCUUAAAUCACUGAUGUCAUAUCUCUGCUUGGUGACGCAGGUUUGGGCUUCUAUAACCAGCGAAGGUGUUAAAACCACGCAGACUUUCAGUUAUCCUUCCCAUAAUCUAUAAACGUCACAAUAAGAGAAUAGUUUAAGCAACCAACAUUGAGAAUAAAUGUUCUAGCAAUAUCGCUGUAACUGAUUUAAGUAUACUUGUUUGGUUGAAAAAAAUCCAGUUGGUCAUCUCUCAUAUUUAGAGUUAGUCUACUGAGAACUUGAUCUCUAAGGCAUAUCAGUUGUGCCAGCUGGUAUUACCGACCUGAUUCCAGUGUAUAUUAACAGUUUGACCAUCUUGUCUAAAAAAAACAAAAAAACAAAAACAAAACUGCUGCAUCUGGCCAAAAUUGACUCACCACUGCCACUGGGGGCAACAAAACUGAUUGCUGCACAGUUUUAUUGGCACAAAGACACCUAGGCCUCAGGAGGGGCGGGGAAUGCCCAGUCAGCAAUGGGCUGCCGAGUCGUCCGUGUGUGAGAAGAUCAUGGAGAAGCUGGGCCAGAACGAAAUAGACCGCCACCAGCGGCAGGUGGCGAUCCUCAGCCAGGACAGCUUCUACAAGGUGCUGACUCCAGAGCAGAAAGCCAAAGCACUAAAGGGCCAAUUCAAUUUCGAUCAUCCAGAUGCCUUCGACAGUGAUCUAAUCAUGCAAACGCUCAGACAAAUACUUGAAGGAGAGACGGUGCAAAUCCCAGUUUACGACUUUGUUACUCAUUCCAGGAAAGAGGAGUUUGUUACGGUGUACCCGGCCGACGUGGUCCUGUUUGAGGGCAUCCUCAUGUUCUACUCUCAGGAAAUCAGGGAUCUGUUCCAGAUGAAGCUGUUUGUUGACACAGACCCAGACACGCGGCUCUCGCGCCGAGUUCUGAGGGACAUUAAUGAGCGUGGCAGAGAUCUUGAACAAGUGCUGAGUCAGUAUAUUACUUUUGUAAAGCCAGCCUUUGAGGAGUUCUGUUUACCGACAAAGAAGUAUGCAGACUUGAUUAUUCCAAAAGGAGCAGAUAACCUUGUGGCCAUCAACUUGAUCGUCCAGCACAUCCAAGACAUUCUGAACGGUGGACAGACCAAGCGUCAGAACGGCUUCACGAACGGACACAGCACCCCCCGGCAGCGGAGGGCCUCGGAGUCGAGCAGCCGCCCUCACUGACGCCGUGACCCCUCUCUUCACGGGGCGGAGAGGGGUGUGGGUGUCGCACUGUAGAUAACGCCACCUUGGCUACACUGUAUUUAAAAAGAGAAGAGAGACAGAAGUAAUUGAAAUGCCUUGCAUUGACCCUUUUGUGAUCAGUUAUGUAUUUUUUUUCUUUUGUCAAACCUGAACUUAGAUUUUCUUUUUGUUGUUUGGAGGGUAAAGAAGGGAGCUGUUCAAACUGGGUUUUUCUCCCUGCUCUAUUUUUUAAAUGUCCCCUUACUAAACAAUGGAAGUCUUUUCUGGUAGAAAAUAAAAACUUUCUUUUCCCUUUUUUGUUUCUGGUAAAACUUGAAGCCCUGGUGUCUAGGGAAACCCUAAAAAUGUCUUGAGGAUUUGAAACAAGCAAAAAAAACAAAAACGGUUUAAAGUUGGCCGAAAGCAGGUUGAUCUCUGUAUUGACAAUCUUGAGCGUGUUUCUCAUUGUUUUGUCAAUGAUUUGAAUUGUUAUCCACGCCAGUGUUUCACACGAGCAUCGUCACACAUCAAAGCAAAUGCUGGCAAGUUUCCAGUUAAUCCAAAAAGGAUCAAAAUGCUUCUUUUACAUUUAAUUAUUUAUUGAAAUCUAAAUGAUGGAAAAAAAAAAGGUCUAAAUGGUUAUUUUAUUUUAAACAAGAUUAUCUAAAUUAUUUUUCAGAACUUUGGUGCUUCUGCACACAUUCACACAGCCAAAUCACAGCUGUGACAUCAUGAUGACAUAGACUCAGGGUAAUGCAGUUGGCCUAAAAUGCCACAUUAAUGAAUGAUGGGGGGGAGGGGCUGCUCCGGGGGUGUUCAUUGCCUCAGCAAUAGCAUUCAUUCCAGAUGUGUGACAAACCACCAUAAUGCCUCUGUAAAGUUGCCUCAGGUUUUCAUGCACAGCAAAUCUCAACACUAGGAAACCGGUCAGUUUUGGAUAGGUUUUCAAUGAAUAAAAGUUUGUUUUUUUUCCCUUUAUGCCAAGUCCUAUAUUUGUCAUGUUGUGCAGUUGAAUGAAUGAGUUGUGAAUGGUUGGGGAGUAAGAGACUGAUUGCUUAGUUGAAGUUGAAUUUGUCAGUUGCCAAUGGUGAAUAAACUGAUGCAGA